AUGGAAGGCUAUUUCGCUGUUGGCACUCAAGCCAAAACCUCCAAAAAGACCGUCUUUGCUGUCCUCGGUCUUCUAGCUGUUGUCGAAGUUAUUGCUACAAUUGCAGUAUCAAGCUCCUCAGUUUCUCCAGCUCUUGCUCAGUUUGCCUUUGAGGAGCAAGAAUUCAGAGAUUACAUGGACAAAUACCAGAAAUCCUACGAGUCAGAUGAAGAAUACGGAAUGAGAUUCAAAAUAUUCCGUGACAACUUAGCUUAUAUCCGCAUUUUCAACAGCCUUGGAAAUUCUUGGACUCUGGGUGUAAAUCAAUUCGCUGACAUGAGCUUCUCAGAAUUCAAGGCUAAGUAA